AUGAUUCACAAUAAUACAAAAAUUUGUUUCAAAAAAUUUGAAGUAAUUUUCGAAGAGCGUCCAGAAGGUACAGAACUCACUAUUCCAAUAGAAGUAGGAAGCGGAAGAGUAGAUAUAACGUCAAAACCAUUUAAUGCAAAAGGAGGGUGCCAUUACAAAAUUAUAUUGGGCUAUAUGGUUAGCGAACCAUUAAAUGAUUUACAAAUCCAUAUUCAUACUUUUAAAAAAUCAAUGCCAUUUGGAAGAGAUGUUCAAAAAAUUGGUGAGGUACAUGGUAAUUCAAAUAAUUUAGAAUUUUUAUUCCCAUCAUUUGGUUGGGAGCAACCUUCUAGUCAAUCAUCUUCAAUGGGUGAAUACACAAUCAAAAUGUACUUCAAAGAUGGUAAAGAUAAUGAAUUGGCCACUUUCUUUUAUUCAUUCAAUGUAACCCCAGAUUGGGUUAAUGUAUUACCAACUAAUUAA